AUGUCCAGUGCUGAAGGUUACUUUACUAUGAAACAAUUGAAUAGAAGGAAACGCAAGUCACUGACUUUUUCCUCCCCAGAAGGUCACUUCCCUUUGACGCCUCAGCUCAUCUGAAUCUAUCAGACGAGUCAAACCAUUACGAGUUGUAGACUAAAAUGGAUACUUUGUUUUUCCUUAUAUUUAUACUUUUUCGAUGUACUUCGUCAAACAGUUUCCUUAUUGUGCACACACCAAAGAAACUGUGCAUGUCUACCCACAAAUCGACCGUCAUCCUUGGAAAAUGCAAUGUCGCCAGUCCCUAUCAACAAUGGGAAUGGACGAACGAUAUGAAGUUACAUCACACGCAAUCAUCGAAGUGUCUCUGGGCCAACACGAGCAAUGCGAUACCUAUGCACGCUCGCCUGGUCUCAAUCAUCAACUGUGACAGCGCACAUGCCUGGAAAUGUUACGACAAACAAGGGACUUUCGGGUUAGCGGAGAAGCCCAUGUACCUGAAGAAACAAGGUACACGCGUUGUGAUUAGAGGAGAUCCGAGGUAUUCCAACUGGACAAAGCACGAAGAAGUCGACUCAGGAGGAGGACAGGUGAUGACACAUUUAUGCUCGCGUAAAGGGUCCACCACCAUCUCAACCACCAGAAUGUAUUCAUCCACACACAAACCUGUGGCAUACACCAGCACUGUCCACGCCAUCAGAACGCCCGCUGUAACAGCCAUAGACACUCACUCUUCAUCAAACGCUAUGAGAACCCAUAGUAGGACCACCCGUCAGAUCUCUAUGUUAACAGUUCCCAUCACAACGCCCAACAAUGUGGUGACCUAUGAGUCUAUGGUGGCAACGCACACUUAUGACAUCGUCAAGACUCAGACGGCGGGUUUCAUUCCCAGGUCCAUCUCAACGGUCAUCACGACCUCUGGGACAGCUCUCAACGACAGCCAUGAUUUUAUCUUGUCCAGUCCUGCUUUGUCCACAACUGACUCUGCCAUGGACGAAACGGUGAACGCUGCCACCGAAAAUGCCCCCCUCGACUUGAGGAACGGAGCCAAGAUUCCAUCAGUAAACCAAGCAACUUCCAGUUCCACACCCCCUAAUGUUGAUGAGCUGGUGUCAACUGCCUCUACCCCUACUGUGGUUUCCUCUAUAAUUUCCUCAGUGCCCAACUCAAGUGCUAUGACUGAUUCACCAUCCACUUCUGCAUCCGUAGUCGUUACCUCUGAUGCUAAAGUCCCAACUUCUGUUGCUUUACCUACCCCUACCCCUGAUUCCAUCUCUAAUUCUUCUGCUACCACCACACCUACCGAUACCACAACAUUGUCCACAACUAGGAAAGUACCCCCCAGAAAGACUGUGGUUCCAUCUACAACCAAAACCACAACAAUGCAGACUACAACACCCGCUGCCCCUCCUACUCCUACUGUCGGCCAAACCACUAUGACUACAGCAAAUCCCAUUAUAAAAGUAGCCCCACCCACAACCGCCAUAACCUCACCCACAAUAACUUCAACUCUGCCCACAGCCUCCUCAGCUCCACCAACAACAUCUUCAACUUCGCCCAUAACAUCUUCAACAGUAAAGAUUACAGCUAAAACCACAAAGAAAAUAGCCCCACCCACAACCUCCACAGCCCCACCCACUACCUAUUCAACUCCACCCACACCCCCUCCAAUCACAUCUACAAAUGCCCCACCCAUGACCACUACAAUGCCUCCCACAACUACCAAGACUUUGGCCACAACUACCGUAACCACAACUACUGCAACCACACCCACAACUACUGCAACCACACCCCCAACUACCUCACACACAACUACCACAUCUCGAACUACCACAUCCACACCCACAACAACCACACCCAUUUCUACCACAACCACCACAGCUCCACUCACAACUACCACAACCACACCCCCAACUACCAAAACCACACUCACAACUAUCACACCCACUUCUACCACAACCACUCCCACUAAAACCAUAGCUCUACGCACAACUACCAAAACCGCACCCACAACUACCACAACCACACCCCCAACUACCAAAACCACACUCACAACUACCACAACCACACCCCCAACUACCAAAACCACACUCACAACUACCACACCCACACUCACAACUACCACACCCACUUCUACCACAACCACUCCCACUACAACCAUAGCUCUACGCACAACAACCAAAACCACACCCAUUUCUACCACAACCACACCCACAGCUCCACUCACAACUACCACAACUACCACACCCACAACAACCACAACCAUAGCUCCACUCACAACUACCACAACUACCAAAACCACACCCACAACUACCAAAACCAAAACCACAACUACCACAACCACACCCACCACACCCAUAGCUCCACCCACAACUACCAAAACCACAACCACAUCUCGAACUACCACAACCACACCAACAACACCCACAACUACCAAACCCACAACUACCACACCCACACCCACCACAACGACUACCACAACCACACCAACAACAACCACAACUAACACACCCACUUCUACCACAACCACACGCACCACAACAACCACACCCACUUCUACCACAACCACACCCAUCACAACCAUAGCUCCACUCACAACUACCAACAACCACACCCCAACUACCAAAACCACAACUACCCACUUCUACACAACCACAGCUCUACGCACAACUACCACAACCACACCCAUAACUACCACACCCACUUCUACCCCACAACCACACCCAUCACAACCAUAGCUCCAC